CAUUUUGACGCUUGCACAUCAAAGCAGUAAUAAUAAAUCAAUUGCAUGGCAGAACCGGAAUCGGAGAAAAUAUUUGCAAUAUAAACUUUGUUGUCUCUGCAGAAAUUUACAAGUCCCGUGUCAUGAUUUUAACACUUAACCGUUUAACAUUUUAAUUUGAAGCAUUGGAGACGACGCUCUUCCGCUGUUUUGACGAUCGUCCUGCAAGUGCUGAUACUCAUGCUUCCCGAACCUGGAGUGGCCAUGACGAUGGACCAGUUUUUGACCUCGCUAGACAUGAUCCGGAAUGGCUGUGCGCCAAAGUUUAAGCUUAAAACAGAAGAUCUCGAUCGACUUCGCGUGGGUGAUUUCAGCUUUCCGCCAUCGCAGGAUCUCAUGUGCUACACAAAGUGCGUGUCCUUGAUGGCGGGCACUGUGAAUAAAAAGGGGGAGUUCAACGCUGCCAAGGCUCUGGCCCAACUUCCGCAUCUGGUACCCCAGGAAAUGAUGGAGAUGUCCAGGAAAUCCGUAGAAGCUUGCAGAGAUACGCAUAAACUAUUCAAGGAAUCGUGCGAGAGGGUCUACCAAACGGCCAAGUGCUUCUCCGAAAAUGCCGAUGGAAGGUUCAUGUGGCCUUAAAAAAGUUCUUGGGAACUAAGCUUAUUCAGGUUUAUUCUUUAAUGACCAAUUUUUAGACGAAUUCUGUGUAAAUCAUGUGUAUGUUUAAAUCAACAAAUUAAAUUGAGAAAUCCUUGUAAUCUUAACCUGAGCGAUGACAGAAAAGCCGAAGCGUAUACCCUUACUUACGCUGUUGAUUCAAUUAAAACCAAAAUUACUUAAUAUGUAAAGAGCUUAUA